AUGGACGUGGCCGUGGACGAGAAAUGCUGGAUUGAUAAGCUUCCAAAUGAGAUUGUGAAACAAAUCAUGGAGCUUCUGGUUACAUUUGAACGCGAAUACCGCCCUGAGCUAUCAGAAUACAACCCCAUUGACUCCAGGGACCUUCGAGCCCUUACGAGUGCCUGGCCUAGCUGCAGGCCUUUGGCACAACAACUUUACUAUGCCAAGUUGCACAUUCGAAAUUUCAGGAACAACGGGGAAGAACUGGCCCUUGGUUCCCGGAACCUCUAUGGACCAGGCGGCCGCCCGAACCACCACAUAGAGGGAACCAAGAGUCUCUGUAGCGCUCUUGAGACGAAACAAAAUCCCGGCUCGCUCUGCCAACAAGUCCGCAUAUCUCUGACCAAUAUGUACCCAAAAGGCUAUGAGCCGAGCAGCGAUACCGAGCUCCUUGCCAAAAUGCUCGAUAUGCUUUCAAAUGCUGAAAAGCUGUGCAUUGAUAAGCAACACCAGUCCGCCUGGCAAAAGCCAGAAAGGAUGUGGGAUGGUCUUCUCAGACGAGCAGGCAGCAUGGAAAAUUUAAAGCAAGCAAGUUUGAGCUUCAUACACAGCGAAAUCGAGUUGGAGGAGGUGCUCGAUCUUCAAUGGGGGCCAAACAUGAAGAAACUGCAACUACGGGGGCAUAUUGGGGUGGCAAACAAAAAACGGUUCCAGAAGUUCCGCGGUCAGAAUAUUUCAUCGCUGUCUUUAGACAUUUCCACAACUAAUCCAACAAAGUCGGAAAUAUUCAAACAUUGGGCCACUGCGCUGGAGGAAGUGAGCUUUUAUCGCCAGGAUGACUACUUCGGCGGCUCUCCACCCGAUCUUGACAGGCAUAUACCGACCCUCAGAGUCUUUGAACUAAAAUGCUUCCAGUGGCCAGACAUCGAAAUUUACCGCGCGGGGAUGUAUGAUUUCUCCAUGUUCACGGCUUUGGAGGACUUGAAGGUGCAUGGAGAAAUCCUCAGGGGCGGCCGGGAUGAUCGUGGGCCAUUCACGGAACAUGAGGCACGCUGUGUACUGGGAGCGCCGAAGUUGAGAAAAUUUACCUGGUGUCUUCCUCUUUCUUGGUGGAAAGACAGUUGGGGCGCAGAAGUACGCUGGCUGCGAGGACUCGCUCAAGCCGCGGCGGAAGGAAAUACGCUCUUGAGAGAGAUGCGUGUUGAGCUUGAUGUGAAAUCGUGGGAUCCCCGGUCUCAAAAGAAAGGUUGGCGACCUCUGCUGAAUCUGAGGGAUGAGCUGGAGAUACUCAACAGGGAAUGUGGCGGGCGUAUCGUCGUUUCCCAUAAUUUGGGUGGAAUAAAGGCUUGA